GACAGUUUCGCAGCAUUGCUCAACGGUUCUGGGCUUUGAACAGAACCCGGACCCGAUGACCCGAUGACCCGGAAAUUAACGCAUCAAAGUGAAGAAAAUUGAAAUUGAUUAGCAAGAUCCAGAAGCCAUUUUCGCUAUUAAAAAAAAAAAAAUCCAAUCUUGAAAUAAAAUGAGGGGAGGAGACGGUAUACUAGGGGCGAGAAACAACAUCAGAUCAUCAUCAGAGGCAAGCAUUCUUAGAAUUCGAACUCAGUUUCUAAAAAGACGAGAAAAAUGGCUAGUGAUUCUCGGAGUAUUACUGCACGCAGUUUACAUGCUCAGCAUUUUCGAUAUUUAUUUCAAGACCCCUAUUGUCCACGGCAUGGAACCCGUCCAACCGCGUUUCUCCGCCCCAGCUAAACGCCUCGUACUCCUUGUUGCGGAUGGUUUAAGAGCAGACAAGUUUUUUGAGCCCGAUUCAGACGGGAAUUACAGGGCGCCGUUUUUUAGGAGUGUGAUUAAAGAGCGUGGUCGUUGGGGAGUGUCGCAUGCUCGCCCUCCUACUGAAUCUAGACCUGGACAUGUAGCUAUUAUUGCUGGUUUUUAUGAAGAUCCUAGUGCUGUUACUAAAGGGUGGAAAGCGAAUCCAGUGGAGUUUGAUUCGGUGUUUAAUAGGAGUCGGCAUACAUUUGCAUUUGGCAGCCCAGAUAUCAUUCCUAUAUUUUGUGGUGCCUUGCAUCACAGCACUUGGAACUCUUAUCCACAUGAAUACGAAGAUUUUGCAACUGAUGCUUCGUUUUUGGAUGAAUGGUCAUUUGACCAAUUCCAGAGUCUUUUGAACAGGUCUAACGAAGAUGCGAAAUUGAAGCACCUUCUUCAACAAGAUAAUCUUGUUGUGUUUCUGCACUUGCUCGGAUGCGAUUCAAACGGUCAUGCUCAUCGGCCCUAUUCGCCUGAAUAUCUGAAUAACGUUAAGGUUGUUGACCAUAUUGCUGAAAGAGUUUAUAAUCUUGUUCAGAAUUACUUCAAGGACAAUUUGACAGCUUAUGUUUUUACAGCCGAUCACGGAAUGAGUGAUAAAGGAAGCCAUGGAGAUGGGCAUCCCACAAACACUGACACUCCUCUUGUAGCUUGGGGAUCAGGUGUUCGACAGCCUGUACCAAUUUUUUCUGAAAACCGUCAUCAUCAUCACAAUUCUGUUCGUUUUGUUGAUGAUCAUGUGCAUGACUCACCUACACCAUCCGAUUGGGGUCUUGAUGACUUAGAGAGACUGGAUGUGAAUCAAGCUGAUAUUGCACCUUUGAUGUCAACUCUUCUAGGUUUGCCAGGCCCUGUUAACUCGGUUGGAAAUUUGCCACUUGAAUAUGUUCAUUUAAGUGAGGUAGAAGAAGUUGAAGCUGUGCUGGCUAACACAAAACAAAUUCUCAAUCAAUUUCUUCUGAAGUCGCACUUAAAGCAGUCAAGCUCAUUAAAUUUCAAGCCUUUUAAACCCUUGGGCAAUUAUACUUUGGUAUUGGAUCAAAUUGAUCAUCUAAUAUCCAUUAGAGACUCUGUGGCUGCAAAAAGGCUAUCUGAAAAUCUUCGAAGCUUGGCACUAGAAGGGCUUCAUUAUUUUCAAACUUAUGAUUGGUUUAUGCUGAUGACAGUAAUUUCUCUCGGUUAUCUUGGAUGGAUGAUCUAUCUGAUACUCCAUGUGUUGCAAUCUUAUACUGCAUUACCUGAAUCUUUUUUGAGAAAGGAUCAGUCAGUUUAUUCAAGGACAAACACCUGGAAGGUAUACUUAUCUGGAUGUCUCCUGAUGGGAUCGAUGUGUAUUAUACUGCUCGUGGAACAUUCUCCUCCUCUCUAUCAUGCAUAUUUUGCAAUGACGAUAUUUCUUUGGGCCCAAAUCUGCUGUGAAUAUCAGUUCUUAAAGGCAAUGUGGAGAUACAUGCUCGGGAAAGAAAUUAGUUACUUCGUGAAAUUUUUGGCCUGUUUUAUUAUAUCAGUGGUCAUCCUCGAAAUCCUGGUGAAGAGUUUCAUGGAUAGGAAGAUCUAUACUUGGAGUUUCUUGCUUGUUGGAGUUACUGCUACUGUUUAUCUUCUUCGCUCAAUACCAUGGGACUCAAGAAUACCAGUCUUUGUAUGGCUAGCAUGUUGGUUUUUGUCCGUCUUUACUUUGAUGCCUGCUGAAAUUCCAGAUAAUACUAAACUAGUAAUUUUUAGUGGAUUCAUGAUUGUUAUAAUCGGAGUAGCAGCAAGAUAUCUGGAUGUGUACGCCAGAGAGAGCAAAUAUUUGUUUUGUCUGACUGAUGACAUCAAGAACUCAAAAUCCAAUGUCCUUUUCCUCUUUCAGGUCUUGCUGGUGUUCUUUUCCUCGAUUAUGGUGUCCGUGUCAACAUCUCAUAGAGCAGAAAAGCAAGAAUUGCUUGCGCUACACCAACUGAUAAAUUGGUCAAUUGCUGGCGUAUCUAUGGUUCUCCCGCUCUUUUCACCAGCUGCUGUCUUAUCUAGACUUACUUCUAUAUAUCUCGGUUUUGCCCCUGCGUUCCUCCUGCUGUCCAUAGGGUAUGAAGCUGUAUUCUACGGUGCUCUUGCUCUUGCACUUAUGGCAUGGAUGCUUUUCGAAAAUGUUCAUCUCUCUAUAAGUAGGACAAACAAAUCGUCAACUUCUAUCAAGCCUACGGAGGAUAACCUCGUUUUGACAUCCGGCGAUAGAUACUUACAGUUAUCCGAUAUGCGAAUUCCACUAGCAUUUAUGGUCUUCUUCAACAUUGCAUUCUUUGGAACUGGCAACUUUGCAAGUAUCGCAAGUUUCGAGAUAUCUUCUGUUUAUCGAUUCAUCACAGUCUUCAGUCCAUUUCUGAUGGCAGCCCUUCUUAUUUUCAAGUUACUGAUACCAUUUUUGCUUGUCAUAUGCACGUUUACUGCAAUUACCAAAUUGAUCAGAGUUCCACUACUGGGAUGCUAUUUUCUUGUCAUAAUAUGUUCCGAUGUCAUGACAGUUCACUUCUUCUUCCUGGUGCAAAAUACGGGAAGCUGGAUGGAGAUAGGAAACAGCAUAAGCCAUUUCGGAAUAAUGAGUGCACAAGUUGUGUUUGUUCUAUUGCUUUUUGCUCUCACCAGUAUUUACACCAAUGACAUCCAAACUAGAUCCUCUAAGCGCCUUUCCCACAAAGAUAUGUGAUUUUUUAUUAUUAUUCCUUUUUUAAAAACUCCAACUUGUUACUCUGAUUUUCAAAUAUUGGCGCCAUUUUUUUUUAAUUGUGGAGUGAAAUUUUGUUUAUGAUCA